AUGAAAAAGAACUCCAAAUCCAUCGAAGAGAAGAAUGAAAGGUUGGCAGCAGCGCAGGAGGCGGUCGCUCAGCAGCGGUGUGGUCGUGACUGCUCGCCUGCUCCCGGCCACGGCAUGGGCCCGCACCCGCAACAAGGCCCCCCCGGCAACAAGGGGCCAACCUCACUGUUUUUUCUCAGUGAGGACAACCCCAUACGCCGGUACACACGCUUCAUCAUCGAGUGGCCAUAUCCUUUCUCAUGCGCUGUGUCUUUCACGAAGUUGUACGUGUGUGCGUGUGCGAGUGCAGUGUCGAUAUCGUACAAGAGACCUCAAUUUCUGAGGGUCACAAAACGUGCUUUGUGGCUCGGUCUAAUAAUUUAGCGUUGUUUGAAAAUAAUAUUUUUUUAAAUAAUGCAUAUAUUUUAAUUAUAAAAUCAUAACCUUGGUUUUUAUAGUUAAUUAUUACUUUCAUGUACAAAGUUAAUCUCAUUGCCAAAUGUCUGCUUUAUCUCUUUCACGAUAAACGUUUUCCAGCUCUUUUUCAUUAAAAGUGAUUUUUCCUAGUGUGACAAACUAUUGAUGAUCAGGUCUGUAUUUUAUUCUUAAAUAUUUACCAUGCAUGCCUUUUUAACUGUAUAUUUUUGUUAUUUCACUAUUUUCAUUGCUUUUACCAACUACCAAACACCUUUAUGCACAGCUACGGUCGGAAGGAGUCUGUUUUAUAUCACUAUGGCAAAUUUUUGACGACUGUGUUCAAGAAACAAAUAGGAACAUACUAGAAGGUUAUAACAAAGCCGUUAAUUCGUAUAAACUCUUAAAUAGCUUCUCAGGCUGCAUCAGGGUUAUCAGUAUGAGUCCCAUUCAUUGUAUAUUGCGUGAUCGUUCACUAGGCGGUGAUCAAAAACGGUGAAUGAGCGAUGAGAACGAAGGCAUUCUAUUUCGUCAAUCAAAUUAGAAUUUUGUGUGAAAUGCGUUUGAAAUUAUGCAUUAAACAGGCUCAAGGAUGUUUUAUGAUAAUCAUAUAGGCCGGAGCCUCGACAUAAAAUUCUGCACGCUCAGCGAAAGGUCAAAUGUGACUUCGUCAAAAAGUAUUUUGAAAUAAAAUUUAUAAGAGAGUCGUACUGCUAACCCUGUUACUGCCGCUUCUUUCAAUAAAUAUUCAAAAUUAUGUGAUACCUAAU